AUGGAGUCGCUUGAGACCAAAUAUGGCCACCUAUUCGUCGACGGAGAAGAUCAGUAUCUGUUUGUCAGGGUCCUAGGAAUCGGCAUGGAAGCGAGCGCCCAGCUUGUUGUCCAUGUGCAAACUGGUGAGUUAGUCGUCCGCAAAGUCGACAAGCGUCUCUUGGACACGCGGGAGAAGGAAAAGCAAGACCCUGAGAGAAUUCUGUUUUUGGUGCAGUCACAGGCUCGCUUACGCGGUGUCCAGCCUAACACUGCCCAUCUGCUCUCGGCAGACGAUGUACCAGCACCACAGAGGCGUGGGGGUAAGAAAUUGCUCCAUCACCGUGUCAAAUACUUCAAAUUUUACAACGGCGGCAACCUUGGCGACCUUCGCGAUGCCUGCCAAAUCAGAAGUCUUGCGCCUCCGCCGUCUAUGAUCCGCAAGAUGAUUCAACAAGUGGUCCACGCUUUGAACUUCAUGUAUACGAUGAAACCUUAUAUCAUCCAUGGAGACGCACACAUUGAUAAUAUCUUCUUGCACUGGGGCCAGAACGUAUCUGAAGGACCUGAAUUCUUCUUGGGCGAUUUCGGAUGGUCGACAUGCGGCACAAUAAGAGCAGGCAAUAGAUACGGUCUAUCCGUAGACAUAUUCCAGCUUUGGAUGCAUACCCGAGAGUUACUCGACAUUGGAGCCAAGGCCAGCUCCUCCCAGAGCGCCCUGAGGCAGUAUCUCGAGGCUGUAAUCGAGCCAGAGCUCCGCCGGCUGGCCCAUGGCCCAGCUUCUCUCCUACCUAACCUGGCCCCCCUACUCAAGCUCCUUGCAGCUGCGCCGGCUGCCACUCCACCGGACAUGCGCCCUUUUAUGCUCACCCGCGAAUCUCAUACCUCACCCUCUCCACUCCUUUACGACACGUGGGAAGAGGCUCAAAAAGCACGUAGCAUUCAUGGACCGUGGCACGUAGCUCAGCUUAGCCCUUCCACGUACCACCGGCCGACUCCAGCGUCACCCGACGACGCAGACAGCGGCUCCGAUGAGGAAUGGGUAGAUAUCACUUCACCGCCUGAAGAUUGGACUCUCAUCGAACACAAGGCGGCACAGGGUGACGCCUGCAACUGUGCAGAUCGGCCUCGAGCUCCAUCUCCGGUCGAGGAGCCCGAAGAUGUGGAUGUGAGCGUGCGCCGCGAGCCAUUGGGGUUUUUCAGCCUUCCAAUAGAGAUACGCAACGAGAUCUACGCGCUCUGGCUCGCCGACUUGAAUGUUCUGACUGGAAUUUCGGCCGUCCGAACCCGUAUGACUGAAGAUAUCCUUCCGACCAGGCUUUCGCGAAACUAUCCGACGGAUCCGCCUCAGCGUCAUAUCAUGUGGGAACCGCCCGAGGGCGCACCCGCUUGGAGGCCGGAGGAUCUUGCCCCUUGGGAGAGGGAGGUGGCGGCCAUUACCUACGAGCCUGCCGCCCCGGACGAUGCGCUCCAAAGCUUACCAGUCGAAAGACUUGCUCUGCUUCGCGUCUCCAGAGCAAUGAACCAAGAAGCGGGCGGACUGUUCUAUAGACAAAGAUUCUCGUUCACCAACCCAAGAGAGAUUAUACGAGACGAUAAUGGCACCUAUUUUGGUAUUCUGGCCCUGGAGGCCUUCCUCACCGAUCGUACAGAUGCGACCCGCGAUCGACUCUCAGAUAUUGAAAUUGAUCUACGGAUGUUACAGCACCCCGACCUGCGCGACGACCGACUGGACUACGCUGGGCGAGAGGUGACCAUGAGGGAAUAUGGACAGAGCCCCAGGCUUAACUGGACGAAUGGUCUAGACCGCUUACCUUUUUUGGCAGACAGGCUGAGAGAAAUGCCUUUCUGGCAUUUACACCUACACUUCGACGGCGUCGCGCCUUUGUGGUACGAAUUUCGAAUAACUGAUCCACGACAAGUGGAAAAUCGGUUUGGCAAUCCCACAUUUCCUUGGACCAUCGGCCUUUUCAACAUAGGCCCACGGAAUCGCUUACAUUUGACACUGGCUUUCGAUCACGCGCUGACGUUGGGCGAAUCUCUACCGCGACGGAGGGCAUUUAUUCAUAAUGCUGUUUGGAUGCUGAUGGUGAUUCGCCAUUUCUUGCUCAGAAAUGCACGAGCACUUGAACUCGGGUACGAGGGGAUCCGCGUGAACACAGAGUGGGAAGCUCCAGAAAUAAAUCCAGCACGAUCAGGGUUCGCAAGGGUUGUGGCAAAUCGUGGGGUAUUGGUCGAAUGCGAUGACGAGUACAUACCCGAGUCCAACGAAAUCAGGUCCCGCCUACUACCUUACAAUUACGCCGAAGCGGGGCCCGUCGCCGCCAGCGACCAAGCGAGGGAGCGACUCCAACUCAGGAAGAGGAAGAGGAAGAGGCAGAGGCGAGGCAACGGCGUCGACGGCGUCGACUUGAGGAAGACGAGCAGACAUGACCGACGAUGA